AUGGCUUCUCGAACUAAGAGAACUGCCCCCAUCGAGCAUAUCACAGAGAAUGAGGACCUAGCAGAGGCAUCCUCAUCAUGGACCACCACCGCUCGUUCCUUCGGCCGCUGGGUCCUGACGCCCCUGGGGUUUGCAAUCUUGGUCUAUGGCCUUAAUGUAAUUGCAUGGGGUGGGAUGUUAUUCCUACUACUGUGCAACGCGGCACCAGCAAUGUGCCAUCCGAGCUGCAAUGAUCUGUACUCCUCUCGCCGGAUCUGGAUCGAGAUCGACUCGCAGAUCCUCAAUGCGCUUUUUUGCGUCACAGGGUUCGGACUUGCGCCCUGGCGGAUUCGGGACCUCUACCUGUGGUGCCGUUGGCGACUAGGCCGGGGAGCAGGAAACCGGCGGAAAUGGUUCAAUCGUCUUGCAGCGAUUCACGCGAAUUGGUUCUACCAAGGGCCCCAGCCAAAUGGGAGUUCUCUACUUCCUACAACUCAGGAUAACCCCUCUGAAGAACGAAGUCCUACGCCUACGCCGAGAUGCAAACUACAUGUGGUAAUAUGGGGCAAUAUCUUGAAUACAGUCUUUCAGGUCUGCCUUGCUGCUUAUACAAGGCCCAUUACACCUAGGAGGAGAGGUAGUUUGGUGGAGUGGAAUACGCUGGGCGAAACGGAACUUCGACAAUGGAAGGACUUGCUGGCCAACGCGAGCGAGGAGGAGGAUUUGUUUGAGCGCCAUGGCUACUGA